AUGAAAACGUUUCCCCAGUUGUUUGGUGCUGCCAGUGCGUUGCUUGUUGCCAAAAGUUUCGUUCUCGGCCAAAAGGUUCUUGAGGUCCCUCAUCUUGAACAACUCGAAACUAUAGCCGGUCUUCCCACUCCUGCGCAUCUUUUUUCUGAGCUUGGGACUGGGUUGAACAUCUUGGAUCGCCGGGUACCUUUAUCGACCAAUGAUAACACUACUAUACCUCUCGUAGACUUGCAGAUUUCGCAUCCGCCUCCUGUUCCAAAGACCGGAACUCAUUGUACUGUUGAACUCCUGAGCUAUGCGUUUGGAAAUAGUUACGAUGCCCCUGCUGUAGUCCCCUACUCUCCGCCUAAUAAUCAAGAAUGUGGGACUGUGGGAAGCUGGGGUGCGGUAGUAGGAAAUCUAACGGUCUAUUCUAAUGGGACCCAGUAUGAUAGAUUGAGUUCUCUUUAUCUUGAUCACGUUGAGAUUUGGCGCCACUCAAGCGCCGAACCUACCAAGACCGGGACUGUUUGGACUUCACUAAAAGACUUGACACCCUAUACAGCGUUGUUAUCAAAAAAUGGCACACUAUUGAUGGACUUUAGUAACAUCAUAUCCGUUGACCUAGGACUUGAUGGUGUUUUCUAUGUUACUUUGACUGCAACAUUCUACUCCGACGUUCUCAAGACACCACCAAGUGUGAAGGCUCCUUCCGAGGUCAUCAUACCCCUAAGUAAUUUCUCACCGGACCGGAGUAACUACUUUGCCAUUUCGGAUAGCGCCGUAGGUGGUGUUAGUAAUGUGACUAUUCCGCACAACGCUGUGAAUGCUAUGGUGGAGGUCUAUUGCAGCGGUAACUCAGCCGAGGAGUUUUGGUAUUUGAAUACACCGGAUGAAAUUGCAGCAUACUUCUCUCCAGAUGCGGGAUUGGUGACAAAAGGUCCCUUCAGGGAAGUGCAGGUACUUGUGGACGGGAAGCUCGCUGGAGUCGUAUGGCCGUUCCCAGUGAUUUACACUGGGGGCAUAACGCCCACCAACUGGCGCCCAUUAACCUCUUAUGGCGCAUAUAACCAGCCGACAUAUUUUGUCGAUAUUACCCCCUUCUUACCCACCUUGACCGACUCAGGACCUCACAAUAUCACGCUCGGCGUGCUUGGACAGGGUCUGUCUCCGCCUCACUCGAUCAACUCUAACUGGUUCGUAUCUGGCAAUAUCCGCGUGACACUUGGAUCCUCUCAAACCCGCACGACGGGAAAGAUAACUUCCUAUGCUGUGGAUCCAUACGUUGAUCCGAGUGUUAAAGGCUCUGCGACAUCGGGCAAUGCGACUGUGCAUGCUUCUAUCUCUGCGCAGCGUAAGCUUCGGAUCGCGUCUGAGCUGGUGAUUGGGGGGAAAGAGAAGCGGAGUGUAGUGUUUGAACAGAAUCUGAAGUUUGAUAACGCUCAGGAUUAUGCAGACGAUGGAUGGGUUCAGUGGGGAACGCAGUCCACCACUGGCUAUACCAAAUCGUCGGUAAAUGGACAAGUGUCCCUGCUCGACACAUUUUCAUAUCCUCUUUCAGUAUUUUCAAACUAUUCUUUAUACUCGAUGCAAUUCGGUGCAUAUGGCUCGGCCAUCAACCAAACAUUUACUCGCGCACUGCUGCCACCUUCUGGUGUGGCACAUACCAUCUUCUGGACCAGUCGUGCACAAGGCUGGGUUGGAAUGGAUGAUGCUCCAGGAUUAAGACAUGCAAUCAACGGUACUGGGGAGACGCAGCAGGCUUUUGGGUAUGGUGAUAUUGCGGGAGAGACGUACUUCCGAAAGAGUCACGCCAAAAACGAUGGAUGGGUUUCGGAUAAAGUAUGGGGGACACUCGCCAACGCCAAUCCGCCCGUCAAAGAUACGAGUCCAAACGGAGGGUCGGGCUUCAAGCGUCGUGAGCUAGGGGCUAGGUUUCCCAAGGGCAAUUAG